AAUGGAUAAAGUGGCGGUAUUGUGACUGUGACGUCACAAUAGACAUAUUCAAUCCGUACCUUAAAAAGGGCGCGUCUAUAGCUGUUUUUAUGUGUUUAUCAUUAGGCGUGGGUGGGACUGGCUGCAACCUCGCGAGGUGAAGUUAAAAAAAAAAAUCCACGCGUGACGUCACAAGCCUGGCUGCUUCCCUGCGAGCGUGGAAGAAGGCGCAGCGACUUUGACCGCUCAACAAGUUGUUUGGUUUUGUCAGACACCUUCCUUUGGAGACAAAAGAAGAGGACAUCAUCCUCCUCCUCCUCAUCGUCGUUGUCACGACAGGUGGACACAAUGUCACGGAGGGUCCGCGCGAGUAGGAACAUGCGUGUGAUGAUGAGGGACGCAAGAAGGUCUGCAGCUUCCCAGCACCUGACCGUGUUCCGGUACCACUGAUCCCGCUUGAGGAAGAGGUCCAGUCAGGGUGAGCGACGCUUCAGACGCGCCUUCCCUCCCGUCAUCACCAUUACGCUCCUUUUACCCACCCGUGGAUGUCAUCAUGCCUCCUUUUAGGUGGCUCGUUGUUGCUUUUUGCGCCGCGCCUGGCAGAGUGGGUGCCUAAUUCAGUGCGCCCUUCAUGUCCACCAACGACCCCCUGACAGCGGAUCAAAUGUCCUUGUCGUCCGUCUUUAUCACCCUCCGAAUGGCGUGAGUGUUACCGGAGGGACGUCCAUCAUCAUUAUCAUCAUCAUCAUCUUCAUUGAUUUUGGGGACCGGGAAUCCGGUGCCAGUGUGACGGCGCGAUGAGGGCGGCUGUGCAGAGGAGAGGGAGGGCCUCCGGCGGAGCUUUCAAGGACGAGCAAUGAUAGGCAAACAUCUGGGAGGACAGACGUCACACAUCAUUUCAAUGGAGCCUUUUUAUCUUCCCCAAGGGCACUGAGGGCUGGGGAGCGGGGAGGGGAGUUUCCACAUUUUGGGGUCCUCCAUGACCUGAUCACUUUUCUCAAUGUCAUAUUUAUCCUACUGAUAUUACCACCUAGAGUUUUAUUUUUUGUUGUCAGAUUCAUCUUCCUCUGAGGAUGGAGGGGUUGGUCGGAGGGGUUGCCGCCCCCAGCAGUGCAGCUGGGUCUGGGGGUGACAGCCUCCCUAGACGUAAUGGAGGGGACUCAAAGAGGCGCAGUAAGGGCAGCCUGCCCUCCCCAGGCUACAGACUCUCCCAGGCUUCACUGGAGGGAGAAAAGGCUUCUUUUGGGGGGGAUGCAGCCUCAGGGGGCCGUGGCCGCCGCCUCUCCAUCAUGAGCUCCUCCACCAGGGACGGCCUUCCCUUUCGCACGGCGGGCACACCGACCACCCCUGUGCCCCUGCCGCCCCCACCGCCGCCCACCUCCUCCACAGCCCACCCUCCGCCUCGCUCGGUGGGCUUCGCCACAUCCCGCGCCGCCCUGGCCUCCACGUCCUCCUCCACGGGGACCGGUGUGAUGGUGGUGGCCACCGGCACGGAGACCACCACCACCACGGCUUGCAACACCACGGCGGUGGGGACACCUGAGAUGGUUGGUCAGUCAGCGCUGGGCGGGUUCGGCAUGGGGCUGGACGGGGAGGACUACAGCAACUCCAACCAGAGCACCUUCAUCCAGAGACAGUUUGGAGCCAUGCUGCAGCCCGGCGUCAACAAGUUCAGCCUGCGCAUGUUUGGAUCCCACAAAGCGGUGGCUUUGGAGCAGGAACGACUCAAAUCAGCCGGUGCAUGGAUCAUACACCCCUACAGCGACUUCAGGUUCUACUGGGACCUGCUAAUGUUGCUGCUGAUGAUGGGCAACCUCAUCAUCCUCCCAGUGGGCAUCACCUUCUUCCGAGACGAGAACACGGCGUCGUGGAUCAUCUUCAACGUGGUCUCUGAUACGCUCUUCAUGGUCGAUCUGGUUCUCAACUUCCGCACCGGCAUCGUGAAGGAGGACAGCACGGAGAUAUUGCUGGACCCCAGGGCCAUCCGCCAGAACUACCUGAAGAGCUGGUUCCUCGUCGACUUUGUGUCGUCCAUCCCGGUGGACUACAUCUUCUUGAUGGUGGACAGUCUGGACUCUGAGGUGUACAGGACGGCCAGGGCGCUGCGCAUCGUCCGCUUCACCAAAAUCCUCAGUUUGCUGCGUCUGCUUCGCCUCUCCAGACUCAUACGAUACAUCCACCAGUGGGAGGAGAUCUUCCACAUGACCUACGACCUCGCCAGCGCCAUGGUGAGGAUCGUCAAUCUGAUCGGCAUGAUGCUGCUGCUGUGCCACUGGGACGGGUGCCUGCAGUUCCUGGUCCCCAUGCUGCAGGACUUCCCUCCUGACUGCUGGGUGUCCAAGAACCUGAUGGUGAACGACACAUGGGGCGUGCAGUACUCGUACGCGCUUUUCAAAGCCAUGAGCCAUAUGUUGUGCAUCGGCUACGGCGCCCAGGCUCCGGAGGGCAUGACCGACGUGUGGCUCACCAUGCUCAGUAUGAUCGUGGGCGCCACCUGCUACGCCAUGUUCAUUGGACACGCCACCGCCCUCAUUCAAUCGCUGGACUCAUCUCGGCGGCAGUACCAGGAGAAGUACAAGCAGGUGGAACAGUACAUGUCCUUCCACAAGCUUCCUGCCGACGUGCGGCAAAAGAUCCACGAGUACUACGAGCACCGCUUCCAGGGCAAAAUGUUUGACGAGGAGAACAUCCUGGGAGAACUCAGCGAGCCGCUCAAAGAGGAGAUCGUGAGCUUUAACUGCCGCAGCCUGGUGGCCAACAUGCCGCUGUUCGCCAACGCCGAUCCCAACUUUGUGACCGCUGUGCUCACCAAGCUGCGCUUUGAAGUCUUCCAGCCGGCGGACUUCAUCAUCAGAGAGGGCACAGUGGGCAGGAAGAUGUACUUUAUUCAACAUGGACGAGUCAGCGUGCUGACCAGGGGAAACAAGGAGACCAAACUAAGUGACGGCUCUUAUUUUGGAGAAAUCUGUUUGCUGACUCGAGGGCGGAGGACAGCCAGCGUGCGUGCAGAUACAUACUGUCGUCUGUACUCUCUGAGUGUGGACAGCUUCAACGAGGUGCUGGAGGAGCACCCCAUGAUGCGGCGGGCCUUUGAAACCGUCGCUGUGGACCGCUUGGACCGUAUAGGCAGGAAAAACUCCAUGCUACUGAGGAAGUCAUCUCAAGGUGGCUCACUAGGGGGCAGUAUGGGUCGUGGCGGGGGUCGUGGUGGAGGAGGUCCAGGGGCAGGUGCGGGUAUGGCAGCAGGCAGUCUGGGCUCCUGUGACAGCAUACUGGUACAGCAGAUUGUUAAACACGACAGCAUGCCAGCCAUGCAGGACGCCAUCGCAGCGGCCGCAGUAGGAAGAAGCGGCGUCAUGGGAGGAAGUGGCACCAUGUCCCCCAGGCCGCGCCCCAUCAUCUGGGCGCCGCUGGUUCAUGCACCCCUGCAGACGGCGGCUGCCACCAGUAACGUGGCCAUCGCCCUCAUGCACCAGCAGCAGCAACAGCAGCAGCAGCUCCAACAGUUUCAGCAACAUGCACUCGGGGGCGCUUUCUUCCUGCCCUCCCCUCUUAUAUCGCCAUCACCCUCCUCCUCGUUCCCGCUCUCACCUCCUCGUGCCCCCGUCUUGCAACCUCUACGCCCCUCGGUCAGCUCCCUCAUCGGAAUGAUGGCAAUGAGCGGGAUGGGAGGGUUAUCUCCAAGAGGAGGAUUCCCUGCCUCCCCCUCCAUGAUGGGCCCACCUGGUGGGUUGACAGGCCCACCUGGUGGGUUGACAUCCCCACCGGUGGCCAAAACUCCCCCCACUCCAGCAUCUUCCAUGCCGACAUCUGUCCAACAAGGAAGGACUCUUCACUACAACCUGCGCCUCCAGGCUGAUCAUCUUCCAGCAGUUGGUGGAUCUGUUGCAACUCAAUCAGGAGGAGGAGCAUCAACCCCACCGUUAAACAAGAUACAGACCCCAAACCCCUCCGCUGCCCCUGGUGGCCCAGUAGAUAGCAACGCUCCCGUGAGCAGCCAGCAGGGGGCAAAAGAAGCUCUUCUGCGUCAUGGUGGUAACAGCUGUCAGGGUCUACCAGCACUGGGCAGGCUGACUCAGGAGGCCAGGCUGCUGUCAGCGUCGCAGCCCACUCUACCUCACCGCUCGUGGGCUGGAGUGCAGCCUCAUCCCCCUCUCCACCGGAAGGCGUCUGGAGGGAAUUUGCUGGCAGCUCCUUUCCUGGCAGGGCAGUUAGCCCGAGGCGGCAGUGCGGGAAUACUGACCUCCAAUCCUGCAGUGCCGCCUGUAGGAAAUAUGACACAAAUACAACAACAGGCCUCGGCUUCGAUUCAGCCUACUAUGUACACACAGUGUUCCCCUCACGCUGCACCCAUGCCCACCUUCACAGCUCCACACAUGCCUUCUGCCCCUGCCACCCCUUCACCGGUCCCCACCCCGCCAUCUCCAACACCGAUGAUCUCACAGACCCCCCGACCAAAGCCAGCUCCCACUGGACUCUCCCGCUCCUCCUCGCCACCUCCCUGCUCCACUUCUCCCUCGACAGGAACAUCCCCACUGUCGUUGUCAAUGUCCCGUCCCAAACCCAUCGCCACCCCUUCUCCUCGCUCUUCAUCCCCUUCUCCAUCCUCCACUCCUCCCCCAUCCUGUGUCUCAACUCCAGUUCCACUACCUCAAACAUUUGGAGCCAAGUCUUCUCUGAGCUCCUCGCCUCCAUCUCCAGUGGUCACAUCCACCAUACCCCCACAAAGCGCACGAGUUAAGGCUUCCAACACGCCGCCCACUGCGUCACCCUUGUCGGGCCCCAGUCCUGCGCCAACCCCAAUCCCGUCACCAACUAUGACACCCAGACAAACUCCUACGCAGACACUUGCACCGCCUUCUCCACCAACAUCCAACCCAUCCCUGAGCAAAUCCCCUAGUCCAACCUCCUGUCUUCAGCCUUCUGUCUUCGGUGCAGCCAGGACGCCCACCCCGAGCCAGAUCCCCAAACCUUCCCUCACGCCUCCCCCUGUGAGCAGCAACUCCCCCACCAAAGUUAGGUUCACUGUCCAUCCUGUAAAGCAAACCCUUACCCCAAGCACUACGUCCGCUUUGAAUCGUCCCCCAAAGUCAGCCCCGAGCUCCACGAAGACCACCGCAUCUCCGAGUGACUCUGCAGCUGCAUCCGCCCACCUCCCGAAACAAAUCACGACCUCAACCGGCGCCCCUACCCAUCCCUCCAAAUUCAGUGCGCCUUCCUCCCCGGCCAAGCCCUCGCAGGCACCCACCGUCACAGCCGUGCAGUCAACACACACUGCCGCGGCCACUACUAACACCUCCCCAAAGGGGGGUAAAAAGGACCCCCAGCUGUCACUGGCCAGAAAAGACUCAGAGGGGCUGAGACACAAACUGCCUGCUAACAUGUAAAGAUCAAAAAGAAGAAGAGCAGCAAGGAAGUAGCUUGUGCUGGCCAGCCAUGUGAUACAAAACAAAAACUUCUUCUGUGGACAACUUCAUGUGUUUGCAUUCACGCUAGGGUGUGAUCGUGGUAGAACAUCACGUGUUUAUGUGACUCAACAUGCAUUGACAUGCGUGUCACUGAUUGUUGGAGCCAGCAAGGGCAGGAGUGCAGAAGCAACAAGCUGACAGUGGGUGGGAAAAAAAGAAACGGUUACUUCUACAUUCCACGGUUGAUUAAAAGAGCAAUAUCUGUGACACAUCUUUCUAUACUGUACCGAAGUCUCAGGCCACUGCUAGAUUUGUUCUUUUGACAAGCAGCAAUAGUCCCAAGGAGGACACAGACAGUUAACGAUGACAUGAAUUCCAGUUCCGGUCCAUUUGCUGUAAGUGUAAUGAUGCGUUCAAGGCACCUUCAAAUCUAGGGGGUUCCAAAGUGCGGGCCAGGGGUAAUUUGUGGUUUUUAUUAGUGUAAGACAUAUUCUACACAAUUACCAUGAAACUAGCCCACCUUUAGGGGACUUACCAAUUACCAUAUUAUAACGACAAAAGUCGCACUUUUUUUCAUGGUUUGGCUGGUCCUGCCACUUAUACUCCGGAGCGACUUAGAUAUGUUUUUUUUUGCACACUGACAGCCACGUGAGGGCGCUCUAGGCUUGUGCGCCAGUAUCACUCCUGUACCACUGAGAAUUGACAAUGUGAACACCAACUUAUAAAGACAACUGAGACAGACGGAUUGCAAACGCCCCCAAAAAGAAAAUAAUAUUUUGCAGAUUACAAGCUGCUAGUAAACUAGUUAUGUUACAUUGUUUAGGAUAUAGUUACCAAAUAACUGUUAAUAUGCUACGUUAACAUACCACAUAUUCACGUUACGUCAACAGACGCCUAUUUUGCCUGUUGUUCUCCUUUUUAUUGUUAUUACUAUAACUUGCCUUUCAAGAUGAAAUGUCUGUUCUUGGUCUCUGAUUUUAUCAAAUACAUUUCCCCCCAAAAAUGCGACUAAUAGUCCAGUGCGACUUAUAUACGUUUUUUCCUUCUUCAUUGUGCAUUUUUUUCUUAUACUCCGGAGUGACUUAUAGUCCGGAAAAUACGAUAAUGGUCCACAAAUCAUUUGCCAUUUGUCUAAUGCAGUGGUUCCCAAACUUCUUACAGUAGCGUAACCCUUCAGGCAUUUGACCUGAAGCCAGGUACCCCAUGUACUGUACCUCCUGCACUGCACUUAAAAAACAUACACCUUUUUAUCUGAACCCACUUGAAAUACUCAACAUAAUUCAUUGGUUGAUUCAUUUCAUAGUAAUUCCGAGUCAAAAAUGUGCAUUUUGCAUGAUCACAUUUUGAUCAGUUUUGACCUGAGCACUGAUAAAUAGAUCAGUAAUCAUCCUACAUAUCUUUUAUUCCUGUUAUUCUUGGCAUUCUUCCGUUUGAAUGGGCUGAAUUUGAUCAUUUUUGUGCUGUGGUUUAAGUCUGGAUAUUAAUUUAAUACCAAACUGAAGGGAAAGUUUAACAAUCACGAUAAAGGAGUAUCCGAAAUACAAAAAUACAUACAACCAAUGAUAAAGCCUCAUUUUGGGGGGGAUGCCCACUCAGUGGCAGGUUUUCACCGCUGUCCCGUGCAGGGAUAGGAACACCGAGCUCAACGAAAUCUUCAAGGUGAAACACUCAUAAUGCACAAAAUAAUCAGCAAACUUACUUAUUUGUUCAUAUGAACCAAUGCCGUUCAUACAGAGCAUUGAACAACUACAAAGUAUUUUUGAUGGAGAAAUUCUAAGCGGCAGGCGGCGAGGGAUUACCGUAUUCCAACAGCAUUUCCACCACAAAUGGGGGGCGCCACAAAUGUGAUUUACGGUCAUGUGAAAAAAAUGCAGACACAGAACACUUCUAAUGGUGGCCUAAUACUUUUGCGCACCUGCAUGUCACAGGAAAUGAGAAAUAAUGAGGUUUUUUUGAGGUGCCAGUUUGAAAUCAGGCAAUAGACACGAAGCCCUUUCGCCUUAUCAGGUCGUAUCAGAGCUGUAACAAAUGUGGGACGUUGCCUGUGUGUGAGGGUGUUCCGCAUUGUUAAACGCCUGACGCUUACUUCUCCUGCCCUGUUGUGUAUUAAGUAUUUUAUACAUCGCGCCUGUCUGGGUUUUGUAUGAGAGGCACAGCCGCGACUCUGCUUUGUGUGCAGCUCGGACUUCCUUCUUGCUCGCCAUCUUCACCAAAGUGUAACAUGAGUAACAAAGAGACGCACUGUAGAGGUGAUCCGCUUGUGAAUAGUCCCACUUGUGUGUGUGUGUGUGUGUGUGUGUGUGUGUGUGUGGUGUUUUAUUUGAUUGGAUUUUAUUUUGCGCUGCUGUGACUUACUUUAGAUACAGUGGAACGCCUUCAAGUCCCUCCCGUCUUUGCUGACCAACCCAUCAAGUGUUCUUCUUAUCACCUAACAGCUGACAUACUCGCUCCAUUGCUUCUGUCCACAUAACAUUUGACACCCAGAGCAACCGGUCACCCCUCCUGUUUUCCCUGGGAAACUCACGUAUUUGGCCCUUUAAAGGAAAAGUGCACUCAUUCAUAAUCCUUAUGUGAGACACGAACGACCGUCCGGGCUUUUAGCCGUGUGGUCAGCGCUCUCGCUUCCCAUUACAAAGGUCCUGUGUUCGCGUCCCGGUGCGGGCGUUGCGAAACAGCCCGUAUGUACGGGACCUACGUACUUAUCCGCCUAUAAAGUUGUCUGAAAAAGUCUCAAACAAGCGCCAGCGACGCUCCAUUUACAUAUAAUGUGAUGUGCAUAUUAACCAAGCUACAGCGACGUUAUUGUUGUUGUUAUUAUUACAUUGUCACGCUGAUCCAACUACAUUACUGGCAUGUUGACACAGAGCCAGAACACACCGGCUAGCGACUAGCCAGCUAGCGACUAGCUUCACCACAGAUGCGCCGCGCUACGGGCCUCAGACACGCCUCAGACGCUACCAAAAGGUAAGGCUUCAUAAUGGAGCUGCCACCACUGCUGCUGUGUUUUUAUGUCUGAGUUUGGUGUAAGCCUUUGUUUCUAUGUUGCUAUGUGAAAUCAAUGCACCGAGCAAGGAAGCUACGGUAAUGCUAAGAAAUGGCCGAAAUACGCAAAAUACUGCUAGUAUUACACGUGAAUGUUACUAGCUGUUACUACAUGCUCACAGCAUGGAUAUAAAACCAUCAAACCUUGUUGGAAGUUUUUGGAGGUGUUUUCAUAGCGAUCUAUGUAGGCGGCAUAGGUGUGUCCCAUUACAUGCACUACUGAGCUGUUGCUUUUUAUCUGUUUUUAUAUAUUUAAAACCACAGAAAGGAGAAAGUGUGUUCAUGUCUCAUAUAAGGAUUGUGGAUGGUGGGCAAAAUUUUAAAAAAGUGCAGUUUUCCUUUCACGUUCAUGGAAAAAAAUCCUCUUCAGUACUUUGUGUCCCACCUAGUCUUUGAGCCUGCUCGGAUGAGAGGCCAAACGUCUUUGAACCUGAACAGUCCAGCCCUGAGAUUCCAAUGACCCGGACAAGUGAGAAUAUCACAGUUAAUUGCUUCCUGACCCGACCGUGAUAAGUGAAUUGGGAUGAUUCCUUAUUUAUAAAUGGAAUACUUCCAUAGUUAGAGCGUAGAAAACCUGUUUAUGACCUUCUAAAUAUGGUUUUUAACAUUAUUAGAGCCCUCUAGACCUGAACUCAGACCUCUAAAGUCACCUAUACACUCUUACUACCGAAUAUAGUAGACAUAAGACGAGUAAAUAAGCCAUUUAAGACAUAAGAUAGUGAUAUAGGUGAAAAAGCAUAUUAUCAGUAUGAACGUCUGUCUUCGUUCUUUUUUUCCCCGUUUUUGCUGUUUGUUUGUUUGUUUGUUUUUUAAUAUUUCAACUUUCUUCUUAUAUAACCUUUUGGAAACUUUCUUCUUGUAAUAUUCAGACUUUAUUCCCAUAAAUGUAUAACUUUUUCCUCGCCCAUUUUGCUACUAAAAUGACAUUAUUUUUAUGUGUUAUGAGUUUAUGGUUGUACAAUUGCAAAAGAUUUUCUUGUUAGAAUACGACUUUUUUUCUGUUAAUAUUUUGACUUUGUUGUUUUUCAUUUUUAUUCUCCAACCAUUUCAACAUUCCUCUUGUAAAUUCUCUUCUCAUAAUGUUAUGACGUAAUUCGAAUACUGUGACUUUAUUCCCAUAAUAUUAGAACUUUUUUCCCAACCUAAUUUUCCAAAAAUUGUAACUUUUUGUUUUGUUUGUUUCUCAUAAUAUUAAUAUUUUUUGUUUAAUAUUUCAACUUUAUGCUAGUAAUACAGAUUUUUCCUCAUAAUAUUACGAUCGUAUUCUCGUAAAAUUACAACAUUUCCUCGUCAGAUUACUUUUUUUCUUAAUAUUUUGUCUUUAUUAUUGUAAAAUUAUUCCUGAUUUUAAAAUUUUUGUUGUUGUUUUUUUAGUUUUAGUUUUACUUAAAUUAUAUUUUUAGAAUGUGUCGCGAGGUGAUUAAAAAAAAACAAAACAAAAACAGCCGCAGGCCACAAACCCCUGAUAUAGACUCACACGCACUGGAAGAGUUCCUUCUUGUUCUUUUUUUCACUUCCUGUUCAGUACAGUACUUCCUGUAGUGUCUAUUGUCUCGUCAAUGUAAUAUUACUGACACCUCGUGACCAAUGUAGAAUAUUACAUACAUCACAAGGUCUUUGAAUGCAUCUUCUGAAUGCCUUGUAUUUGUAUUUUAUUUUAUUUAGACAAUUUUAUGCUUAGACAUGCUUAAAAAUACAUAGCAAUUGCAUAAAUAUGCCCAUUUUUUGACUAAUAAUAAGUUGUGUUCAGCCACAAAACAGCAUGAUUUAUGAAUUAGUAUUUUUUUUUUUAUCGCGAUAGAGUGAAGUCGCAAAAUUCAAAUUUUUGUAGCUUGUAGGCACUGUAAGAAAGAUUUGCGCACGUAUGAAAGCUUUAUUGUCAUUGUAGUCAAGGCAUACAACAAAAUGAAUGACAGAUAAGAGUGUAAAAUACAUGAACAACACAAGAACCUAAAUAAAAAUAUGCCCAAAUUGGGGAAAAUCAUGCAAAAAUCCUUCAUGGUUGCCCAUGCUCCUUGUGUCUCUGGACACAGUCCCAAGUAAACAUACAAGCAAUGGCUAGUGAGGGUUUUGAUUAUGAGAAAAAUCUGCUGUUGGUGCAAAAAUGGAUGCGAUACGAGACAAGUUCUUUGAGAAUAAUGAGAGGCACGAUUGAAUAAAACUUGCACGCACGGAGACAAAUCAAUACAACCUGAACAGACGGCUCUUAGAGAAAAUGUCUGACUAUGCUAUGCUAAAAUGUUAGUUCAUAUAGGAAAGCACAUUUGUGAGGGGAGACGGUGAAGGGCAGACUCACAUGCCUAGACACCCGAGGCUAUCUGAAUCAGGUGCUAAGCAUGUGGAGGACUUGUUUAAGCCUGGAGCAGAUAAUCGUCGCAGGUCAGUGUGACAUACAAGUACAUAUGUAUGUUAGCUUGUAAUUAUAACUACUAUUAGUCACCUCAAAUGGAAGAACGGACAUAUUUUAUAAGUGCAAUAACUUCCUGACAGCUUAUGUGGGUGUGAGUCAGCCCAGUCCGAGGAGCGUGGCGUUGAACGGGUUCCACUGUGUACAUACAGUAUAUAUGUAUAUUCUUUUGCUGCUGUAAAUAAACGUGCCUCCCUUUCCUUCCUCGCCGUGUGUGUCGUGUGCUCCCCUCGCGCCUCCCGUGGCUUUCAUCUCUUGUCCGUCCCGCCGCCUUUCAUGUGAUUUUGCUAACGAUCGCCCCUUUUCCCUCUCCGUUCCCUCGACACUCUGCCUCCUGUCCAACACUGUCGCUUGCGUUUCCGCCCAUGUUUGAUGUUCUGUGUGGGUAGCAACAAGGAUACCAUGAUGCCUAGAUGAUACAAAUAUAAAUAUAUAUAUAUAUACUAUAUAUUUAAGGACCGAAUGUUUUAUUUUCUAUUUAUCACAACUUUAGCUUUUGAGUGGAAAAAAGAGCAAAUAAUGUCAGGAGGGUGACGGAGGUGAUGAUGUUGUAUGUCUGGAUAUCAAAAUAAAGCGUCUUUAGAUAUCACCGCGUGUGUGGACUGUGUUGAGGCUAGGGGUGUCCCGAUGCAGCUUUUUCACUUGCGAUCCGAUUCCGAAGUUGCAGCCUUGAAUAUCAUCCAAUGCCCGGGAUCAGCACAGAUCAUAACUACUUGUGUAUUGGCAUGUGGAAGGAGUGAAGUUUCAAGAUUCAAGAUUCAAGAGAGUUUUAUUGUCAUGUGCAUGGUAAAACAGCAGUUAUACCAUGCAAUGAAAAUCUUAUUCUGUUCAUUCUCCCAAGGAAAAGAAAGAAAAACACAAGAAAGAAUAAGAACAUAAGAAACAUAAACACAUAUACAUAAAUACCAAGAAAUUAAGCAACAACAACAGAAGAGACAUUAAUGCAAGUAAAUAAUACAAAUAAAUAAAUAAAUAAAUAAAGUGCUAUGAGUGUGUGUUGCGUGUGGCGUGUCUGAGUGCUUCAUUGAGAAGCCUGAUGGCCUGUGGGUAAAAGCUGUUUGCCAGCCUUGUGGUCCUGGACUUCAAACUCCUGUAGCGUCUGCCUGACGGUAGGAGUGUGAAUAAUGAGUGUUGUGGAUGUGUGCUGUCCUUGAUGAGGUUGUGUGUUCUGCGUAGGACUCUAGAUGUAUAAAUGUCUUGCAGUGAGGGGAGGGCUGCCCCAACAAUGUUCUGUGAGGUCUUGAUCACCCGCUGGAGUGCCUUCCUAUCACGUGUUGUACAGUUACCGUACCAAACAGUGAUGGAGGCGGUAAGGACACUUUCGAUGGUGCAUCUGUAGAAGCAACUCAGGAUUGUGGUGGACAUGCCAAAUUUCCUCAGUCUUCUCAGGAAGUACAGUCUCCUUUGGGACUUCUUCAGAAUUUGUUGGGUGUUGUGAGACCAGGUGAGGUCCUCGCUGAUGUGUGUGCCAAGGAACUUGAAGGUUUUCACCCUCUCCACCUCAGUCUCAUCAAUAAACAGGGGUCUAUGUGGCUCCUUUUCCCUUGUUCUUGGGUCGAUGAUCAUCUCUUUAGUCUUAUCUGUAUUGAGAAGGAGAUUGUUAUCACGACACCAAGCUAUGAGGUCCGCCACCUCUCUUCUGUAUGAUGUUUCAACACCUCCAGUGAUCAGGCCAAUGACUGUAGUGUCAUCCGCAAAUUUAAUGAUGCUGGUGUUGUUCUGGGAGGCCACGCAAUCGUAGGUGAAGAGCGUGUAGAGGAGUGGACUCAGCACACACCCCUGUGGGGUCCCAGUGCUCACAAUUCUUGAGCUGGAUGUGCGGUUGUGGACUCUGACUGACUGGGGUCUGCCUGUGAGAAAGUUAAACACCCAGUUACAGAGGGAGGGGGACAGGCCAAGUGUGAGGAGCUUAUUUGUGAGUUUGUGGGGGCUGACUGUAUUAAAAGCGGAGCUAUAGUCUAUAAAUAGCAUUCUGACGUAUGUGUCCUGGCCCUGUAGGUGAGAAAGGGCUGUGUGGAUGGCAGUGUUGACUGCAUCAUCCGUGGACCGGUUCUGGCGAUAUGCAAACUGUAGAGGGUCCACAGUUGCCGCCGGGAUGCUCUUUUUGAUGUGGGUCAUGACUAUCCUUUCAAAGCACUUCAUAACAAUAGGAGUGAGUGCUAUAGGGCGAUAGUCAUUCAAGCAGGUCACGUUGCUCUUCUUGGGUACGGGCACUAUGGUGGUGGACUUAAAGCAGGUCGGUACAGAUGCUUGUGCAAGCGACAGGUUAAAUAUGUCAGCAAGCACAUCAGCUAGCUCUGAUGAGCAAACCCGAAGUGCACGUCCUGAGAUGUUGUCUGGGCCUGCUGCUUUUCGUGGGUUUGUUUUGUUUAGAACCCUGCGCACAUCAGCUGAUGUCACCAUGAGAGGUGCGUCCUGUGUGCUCCCCAGGUUCAGCCACCCUCUCUGCUCAUCAGAAGUUUGGGUGUCAAAGCGGGCAUAGAACUCGUUCAGCUCAUCUGGAAGUGUGGUUUGGCUGGACGUGGCUACGCUACUCUGCUGUCGAUAGUCUGUGAUGUGCUGGAGCCCCGCCCACAUGCGCCGAGGGUCUGAGGUGGAAUAGUAGCCCUCCAGCUUCUGUCUGUACUGUCUUUUGGCCUCUCGUAUGGACCUCCUCAGGUCAUAUCUGGCCUUUUUGUAGUCAUCAGCGGUGUCCAUGACAAAUGCAGUCGAACGAGCACGUAGCUUAGCCCUUACAUCACAGUUCAUCCACUGUUUUUGGUUAGGGUAUUUUCUGUAAUACUUGGUGGUGGUAACAGUCUCUAUACAUGUGCUAAUGUAGCCAGUAACAGCAGAAGCAUAUUCAUCCAAAUCAACAGUACAAUCUUCCCUCCCCGCUGCAGUUUUAAACACAUCCCAGUUUGUGCAGCCAAAGCAGUCCUGAAGUACUUGAUCAGUUUCUUCAUUCCAUACUUUAACUGCUGUACUUACAGGGGGAGCUUUUUUGAGAAGUUGUCUGUACGUUGGAUAAAGGAAUAUAGAGAUGUGGUCAGCCUUUCCAAAGUGCGGUCUUGGAACAGCCUUCAAAGCACCUUUCAUGUUGCAGUAGACUUGGUCCAGGAUGUUAUUUUCCCUUGUGGGAAAGCUCACAUACUGGUAAUAUUUGGGGAGGACAGUCCUGAGGUUACAGUGGUUGAAAUCGCCAGAUAUAAUGAAUACAGCGUCUGGGUGUUUGGUCUCGUGUUUAUCGAUGAUGUCAUGCAGGAGGCCUAGUGCAUUAGCAGUGUUAGCUCGUGGUGGGAUGUAAACAGCAGUUAAAUACACAGCGCUAA